UCCUCUCUAAUACUCCGAGUACAUCCCAGCUCUGGGAUCAAGCUGCCUGCUGCCAUGUCGAUGAGUGGCUGCCCUAUGGCUCGUGUCCCAGAAAUCGCUGGCGUCGUGCUUGCCGUCAUAUGUCUUGCGAAGGUAUGCAAAGCCUUCACCGCUUCAUCACGCGGCGUCCUCUCCUCGAGCAGCACGAACAACCACGGUGUUCCUCGGGAGCUGUCCAAGUGCGAGAGCGCCCUCCUAGAGCGGCUGGAGCUAGCCACGGAGGUCGCUCUGCAAGCCGGUGCCGCCAUGAAGCUGGUCAUCAACACAAAGAAGGAAGGCAUUGUCCACAAGGGGGCCACAGACCUAGUGACGGCAACGGACAAGGCGAACGAGAAGCUAAUCUUCGAUGCGGUGAGAAAGAGCUUCCCAGGGGACGUGCUCAUUGGAGAGGAAUCUAGCGCGGACGCUGGCUCCAUCGCCGCGCUUACUGACGAGCCAACCUGGAUCGUCGACCCCGUGGAUGGCACUACCAACUUCGUGCACGGGUUUCCUAUGACCUGCGUCAGCAUCGGCUUUGGGCGGGGAAGCAAGAUGGAGGUUGGCGUGGUAUAUGAUCCUUGCGCGGACGAGUUGUACCAGGCUGUUCGAGGCUUCGGGGCCUUCGUGAAUGGGCGGAAGGCGUCCUCCUCGGACUGCACCGAGUUGGGGAACGCCGUUGUGAUAACGGAGUACGGGUACCAGAGGGACCCCGUGGCGGUUCGGAAGAUGAUGGAGGUUACGGAGAAGGUUCUCAGAAAAUGCCGGGGCCUUCGGCAGGUUGGCAGCGGGUGCCUCGACCUUUGUUGGGUGGGCUGCGGCAGGGUAGAUGCGUUGUACUCGGGGGUGGCUGGAGAGGGUUGGCAGCCGUGGGACUAUGCCGCAGGUUGGCUUUUCAUCGAAGAGGCGGGGGGGGUCGUCAAGCAAGUGGACGGAAGCCCCUUCCACGUGUUUAGCAAGUCUGUACUGUCCGCCGCGAGCCGAGAACUCGCGGACGAGCUCGUGUCGACCAUACGGUGACAUUUUCAUUGACUAGAAUGUUUUCGGGUGUUGAUCUAGCUUGGCAGGAAUCUGUUAAGGUUGUUUUCGAAGAGGUGAGCGCUCCCUGACAAAGCACGGCCAUCUAGGUGUCAGCAUUUCCUAAGUCGUGUGUUGGAGAUUUUUCGUGGGGUUCGUCGAAAGGUAUCGAUUCCAUCCGCAUUUUCUGUCUGCUCCAAAGCGGUGUCCAUUGCCCGCUCUUGAGGCUCGAACCGCUAUCUGUCUCUCUCUGUUCUGUUCGUUAACCAAUCUGCUCCGCCUCUCGGUCUUGUUAGCUACAUAAAUACUCUGUCGAACACCGUCCAGAUCAAAGUCUGGUGUAAUCAAGAGAUGAGGGCGCCUAUUGGAGCCGGACUGGAUCAGAAAAAAGAUGGUUGAUCUUCAACCACAACCAACGUUGAUACGUCGCAAGGGUGUUCGUUGUUUUUUAGUGUUCGUCGUGAUCAUCCUGUCCUCCUGCGGUCAGUUCUGGGCUCGACUGUUGUUGAGAGCCCGCUAGGCGUUGUGCAAGGUUUUCACCAGGCUGCUCAUGUACUUGGCGCGCGCAAGAGAAACGACUGCUUCCUCUGUUGACACCAUGGAGGGUAAGACCGGGA